GUAGCUAACUUCGCUGUAGUUUUUCCCGCAGUUUGGCGUCCACACGGACUGAUAUAAAAAAUAUUAUACAAAUUUUCUAUGAAUUUAGAUCAAUAGGACAUUACAAUCCCCGUGUGUUUUGUUCUUCAGUGAUGUUCUAAUGGACGGAAUAUGUUUGUUCUGUGAUUGUUUUGUUUGAUAGCUAGUGCCGUGGCGGUUUUGUAAACACGGGAAACGGGACCCACGUCUAUGACUUAUCAUUGGCAGUAUGGCGGAAAUAGUGUACCCGCAAGGCUGCAGGCCAAUCACCGAUGACCUAGGACCCGAUGAGCUAGUGCGGAGACUUAAGGCGUUGGCACACACCCUCCAAGGUCUAGGCCAGGAUGAGGGCAUGUACCAGCAGUACAUCCCCCUGGCGCUCCAUCUCGCCGACGAGUUCUUCCUCACCAACCCCUCGCGCGACGUCCAGCUGCUCAUAGCGUGCUGUAUCGCGGACGUGCUGCGCGUGUACGCGCCUGAAGCGCCGUAUAAAGACCAGGAGCAGGUGAAGACAAUAUUCCUGUUCCUGAUCAAUCAGCUGCAAGGGCUCCGGGACCCAAAGGACCCGGCCUUCAAACGCUACUUCUACCUGCUUGAGAACCUUGCCUACGUCAAGUCUUUCAACAUGUGCUUCGAGCUGGAAGACUGCCAGGAGAUCUUCUGCGCUCUGUUCUCGCUCAUGUUCAAGAUUGUCAACACUGAGCACUCGUCCAAAGUGAAAUCGUUCAUGCUGGACGUGCUGUGCCCGCUCAUCACGGAGUCGGACGUGGUCUCCAACGAGCUGCUGAACGUGAUCCUCAUGAACCUGGUGGAGCCCAACAAGCGUGAGCGGAAGCACGCGUACGCGCUCGCCAAGGAGCUGAUUAGCAAGACGAGCGAAACUCUAGAACCUUACAUACAGGCGUUUUUCAACCACGUCUUAAUCCUCGGUAAAGAAGAGAAAACCCUCCUCAUCUUCUCCAAAGUAUACGAGCUUAUCUACGAACUGAACCAAUGCUGCCCCUCCAUCCUCAUAGCCGUGCUGCCCCAGCUCGAGUGCAAGCUCAAAUCCGCCCAGUUCCAAGAACGACUCAGCGCUGUAGCCCUACUUGCUAGAAUGUUCUCUGAACCCGGCUCAGGACUUGCCAAGCAGUACCCAGCCUUAUGGAGAGCUUUCCUAGGACGCUUUAAUGAUAUAGCUGUCCCGAUUCGAAUCAAAUGUGUCCAGUAUUGCAUGCACUUCUUAGUGCACCAUCCGGACUUGAGAAAAGAUAUAACGGAGACAUUGAAAAUGAGACAGCAUGAUGCUCAUGAACAGGUUAGGUAUGAAGUCGUUAUGGCUAUAAUAGCGACCGCUCAGAGAGACUUCCAAGCGGUAGCUGAAUCAGAAGACCUGCUACAUUUUGUUAGAGAAAGAACUCUGGAUAAAAAAUUCAAAAUCCGCAAAGAAGCUAUGUCAGGUUUAGCUAUGAUUUACAGAAAAUUCUUGACUGAGGAAAGCGUGCCGCCGGCUACAGAAAAGGCGGUACAAUGGAUUAAAGAUAAAAUCCUCCACGGAUAUUAUAUGACCGCUCUAGAAGACAGAUUGCUCGUUGAAAGACUGUUAAACACCUCUCUCGUUCCUUACACUCUGCCGCCACAAGUUAGAAUGAAGAAGCUAUACUACCUUAUGUCAAAUGUCGACGCUAACGCAACUAAAGCGUUUAUAGAACUUCAAAAGCAUCAGUUGGCGGUGCGUCGUACGGUCGCGGAAUGGGUAGAGCUGCAUAGAAAACCACCUACACCAGCGGUGCAGAAGGAAUUGAUCGCUAAAGUGUUACACAUAAGCUCCAAAUUCCUGCCGGAGUCGGUUAAGGCGCAGGAGUUUCUGAAUAAGUUCUCGGCGCAUAUGAAACAGGCGCCCGAGUUGCUGCAGGGAAUGGAGAUGAUACUGAACCCUAAUGUUAGCUGCGAAGUGUGCGUUCGUACUACGUCGAACGUGCUAAAGAAGCUCGGCCAGCCCGUGAUGACAAACCUGUACUACAACACAGUGAAGAUGCUCCUCGAACGCGUCAGCUCCGUAAUGAUCGACCACGAGGCUCUGCUCAUCCUCGUCGGCUACGUAGAGGGCGCCUGUAGGGGCUCGGACGACUCCAUCGCUGAGGAGUGCGGCACAACACAAAAAGUGGCAGCGGAGCGCGGCCUGAAGCUCCUGGUGAUGCUCUCGUUCGUGUUCCCGGCGCACUUCUUACACUCGGACGUGUUGGAACGACUCACGGCUCUGCUGGAGCACGAGGAUGAAACAGUGGCGCCGCAUAUACUGGCCGCGCUCACGUUCCUUGGGAAAUACCGCCCGCUGAGCGAGGCGUGUCCAUCUCUGUUCCCGCGACUGAUCUCGCUGUGCAAGGCGUACGCCGAAGUGGGCACGCCCAAACAGGCCAAGAAUGCUGUCAGAUGUCUAUUCGUGAACGUACCGGAGCAGCGCUCGGCCAUCUUCACGGAAAUCCUGGAGACGCUCAAAGGCACGCUGACUCCUCACUCGGAGCAUUACCGCACAGCCAUAGUGACGCUCGGCCACAUCGCCCACAACCUGCCGGAGAGCUUCCCUCUGCACAUUAAGAACAUCGUCUCCAGAAAGAUCGUGAAGGAGCUUCUAGUCCGCGAGGGAGGCGGCGGGCCUCACGCGCCCGACGAGGAGUGGUGCGCCGAGGAGGAGCUCCCCGAGGAGACGCGCUGCAAGCUCGAGGGGCUCAAGUGCAUGGCGCGGUGGCUGCUCGGGCUCAAGCGGGACGAGCUCUCGGCGCAGAAGACCUUCCGCAUGCUCAACGCGUUUAUAGUGCACAAGGGGGACCUACUGCAGCAAAACCAGCUGUCUAAAGCGGAGAUGGCGUGGCUGCGGCUCGGCGCGGGCGCCGCCAUGCUCAAGAUCUGCGAGCAGAAGGGCGUCGGCGACCAGUACACCGCCGAACAGUUCUACAACCUCAGCCACCUCAUGAUCGACCCCGUGCCACAAGUCAGAGAAGCAUUUGCAGCCAAACUACACAAAGGACUUUCAAAGGGUAUCCCGAACAAGUGUCUGCCGCUGGACUUCAUGGGCAUGUACGCGCUGGGCGGGCGCGAGCCGGAGCGGCGCCUGCGCGGGCUCGUGCGGCAGUACAUGCUGGCCGACGUGGUGCGCCGCCGCGAGUACAUCCGGAACAUCACCGUCGGCACCAAGGUGGAACGAGCGGUGUCCCAGCUGCCACACAUCCUGCCGGACUACAUGCUGGUGUUCGCGGUGCCGGUGCUCACGCACGACCCCUACUUCGAGGCGUACGACAACGUGGCACAACUUAAGGUGAUGAAGCAGUGCAUCUGGUUCGUGUUGGAGCCCCUGAUCACCCGCAACGACUUCUACUGCUACGGCUUCUACAAGAGCCUCGUCGAGCGCAUGAAGAACCACAAGGACGCCCUGCACGAAUCUGACGACAACUACAAUUAUAAAAUGUGGGCGAUCUGCGACCUGGCCAUGUCCGUGAUCUGGGCUCGCUCGGCCAGCUUCGAGAUGCGCGACUUCCCCUCGGACGCGCGCAUCCCCACCAUGUACUUCGCUCCCCAGAACGAGUUCUUCGUCAACACCCGGGUGUUCCUGCCGCCCGAGCUGCAGUUCCAGCCGAAGAAGCCGAUGACGGCCGAGGCGGCGCCGCGCGGCAAGAAGCGCUCGCGGCCCGCCACCGACAAUAUAGACACCAACGACGUCGAGCCAUCGGAGGCGUCCGACACGCAGAUCCAGCUGCCGGGGCUCGAGCAGCCGCCCGAGACCGACGUGGACGAGCCGCCCGGCAAGCGACCCAACUCCGAGUGAACGACAUACAACAAGAUUAUACACGGACGGAUAGAGGCAUACACAUUUUGUACAUUGACUUACAUCUAAGCGGUAAUGGGGCAUUAAAUAUGGUACUAGUUCAGCGGUGACGAAGCCCAAAAGCCUGUCCGCCCUCGGAAUACCCACCUGGCGCGAAGUGGCGCAAAAUAGGGCAGAAAGGCUCUUGUGUCAGAGGCCAAGAUCCUUUUUGGGUCAGUGAUGUAUGUAUGUAUGUAUGUAUGAACUAGUUCAGCGGUGUUAGUCACGAAUUCCAGCCAUUCGUGCAGUCUAACGCAACUAGUUGCGACUAAUAGCGCGGGUAAUGCGAACUCGUCACCUAAUCGCGCGCGUAAUGCGAACUCGUCAAUCAAUAGCGCGCGUAAUGCGAACUCGUCAACCAAUCGCGCGCAUAAUGCGAACUUGUCAACCAAUCGCGCGCGUGAUGCGAACUCAUCAACCAAUCGCGUUGUAGCAGUGUCACAGCUGUAUUGGCCCCUGUCAUGCCUCAUUAUUAUUGCCCGUAAAGCCAGUCCCUAGAUAUCUAUGUCGAUAAUUUUGUACUUUUGGAGCGUUCCAUGAAAUUGUAUACCUUUUGUCCCGUACAAACGCGAAUUUUCUGAAGAUUUACAGGUAUAAGAGUUUCCUUUUCUAUGACAAAUGGUCAAAAAUAUGCACAGAAAAAUAAUCGCCUGCUUCAAAUGCCGAAAAGGAGGUCGCAACACAGGAAAUAAAAUGCGUUUGUACGGUCCGUGGAAUGCUUUCUUUACCCAUUGAACGGUCACGGUCAUCGGUCUAGACACGGUCACCAAGUUUACAGACAAGGUAACCCCUGGCUGGUUUACAUCCGAGUUGGUGUACCGCCAAAUUCCUUUGUGAAAUACCGACCAAGGUGAUCUUGACCCUUAAAAGCUUGGUCUACAUCAUACUCGAAAAUUUCCCCCGUAUGCGAGUGACCCAAUAUAAAUCUUACUUUAAAGUAUAAAUUACAUUAGCAGAGCAUAACACUUGGCGUUCUUGGCGCUGAUGUGACUUUGUGAGGAUUUAUUGGCGUUCUUGGCAUCAAAAGGGGACAAAACUGGACUUGAGUAGUGUUGACAUUUUAAAUGUGUACCUUUUUUUUCAAGAAACUAAAAUUUUGGGUGUUUUCUAUGCAUAAUCACUGGUAUUGUAUUAUUUUAAUAACAGAACAGUCGUGAAAUUUUUCGCGUUCUUGGCAUCAAAAGGGGACAAAACUGGACUUAAAUAGCGUUGAAAUUUUAAAUGUGUACUUUUUUUCGAAAAACUGUAAAAUUUUGGGUGUUUUCUGUGCAAAAUCACUGGUAUUACAUAUAUACAAAAUUUCACGAGAAUCGGUUCAAAAAUGCAACUAGCAGAGGAGAACAUCCGGACAUACAAAAACAUUUCUACCCAAGCUGAAAUGAAGACCUUCGCUAACGCUCGGUCAAUAAAAGAAAGUUCCAAAUUCAAGAGCGCUAAAGUCUACGACGUUAAAUAAAAUUAACCGUAUCAUCUGUAUUCUGUAUACGGGUAAAUAUAAAUAAAACUAAAAUUACCCUAAAUGCCUAUAGGGACCGUGCGCGUUGGAGGGUCUGCCAUCUUGUGGUCUGAAUCGGAAACAUUAUGUGCACAUAGUGUACAUUACCAAAGCAAGUGCUACCAUCUACCGUUCUACUUGGUACGUUUCCUUGUGCAUAGGUUCUGCCAUCUUGUGGGCUACAUCGGAAGCAUAAACGACAUAUUUACGCCUCGCGCCAAAAAUCUGACGGCCCCUAUGCUGCCCCCUAUAGUUCAUGCACGGGGCCUAUAGGAGCCAUACUUAUUUGCUCCAUACCAAGAGUUACUUUAUAUUGGAUAUGUCAACAUGUCUCAAAUUGAAAGACGGAGUCACAGAAACUUGGCAUUUAUAUUAUACAAAAUAAAGCCGAGUUUCGACUGUCGAAAAAUUGGAUUUGUCCGAAUAAUUUAUUUGAUAGGUAUUUAAAAUGGUGUGUAAGAGCUUCUCAUUCUUAAGAGAUGAAUAAAAACAUGUAAUUUGUGUAAAGAAUGACGAAAGACUAAGGCAAGAAUGGUACUGUAGUUAUUUUAAGUCAUUUCAAAUGAUACUUCUUAUAACUCGGUUUAUGUUAAUGUGACUGCAGCAUUUAUUUCGUUUGCUUUUUCUAAAAGUCAUAGUAAUGAAAUUUGGGUUCCGAUAUAGCAUUAAAAACUGCAAUUUCACAAACCACCAGUCUUUGAAUAGGUAUAAGUUUUAUAAACGCAAACUUUAUGAUGUUACGGACUAUUUAAGUAAUCAGAAAACUAAAGGAUCAGAAUCAUAUAUUUUCAACUACCUACGCCCCUUAAUGACUGCCAUUCCUAUUUAAUGGGCCAAAAUAAUCGAAGUUUUUAGUAAAUCUUGAACUGAUUACUGAAAUCAAAGAGUAGAGUGUAUAAAGGCGGAUUGUCAAAGUAUAAUUAUGUAGCCACUGUAAAUUUACUGCCAUCUUUCGACAGAAGAUUAAAACUGUUAGAACGCCUUUGAUCCUUAUUCUUUUACUGAUAUCAGUAAAUUAACACAUAUGUGUUAAUUUGUUAAAUAUUCAAAUUAACGCCAUCUACUCGACUGUAGGCCAAAGGUUAUGGCGCCAUCGCUUGAAAUGAUUGCACCAUACCUUUGGCCUCCUCUCGAGUAGAUGGCGUUAAUAUUAAUAUUUAACAAGUUAACACAUAUCAGUGAAAGAAUAAUGAUCAAAGUCAAAUGGCGUUCUAACAAAAUCUUCUGUCGAAAGAUGGCAGUAAAUGUACUAUAGCUACAUAAUUUACUAUGACAGUAAAUCUCUAUUUUAAAUUCACUUUGCUUAAAUGUUAAGAUGAAUUUUGUCUAUUUUCUGGAUUAAUCUAUUUUAACUUUAACGUGUUCUAAGUUAAGGACAUUACCGACAUCUUAUGAGUCGCUUAACUUCAAACUCGGGUAAAUCCAUCUGUCAGAUUAUGCGAUUUUGGUAUUAAGAAAACGUAAUAGGGUAGAUAUUUGCUGAGAGGGUCCAAUGGAUUUACCCGAGUUUGAAGUUAAGCGACACUUAUGUCAUUAUUAUAACAGUAUGAUUUUGUUCUUUCUGAAGGACAAUGGGUAGAACGUUUCAUUACAUUCUUCAUCACCAUGUCUUAAGUUGACAUUUGAAGGAGUGAUAUAUCGAUUAAGUCGAGUCUGUAAUAUAGAAUUAUAAUCAUAAGUUUCUAGAUUUUAAUACGUAAAUUUGUUUGCCCGUUGUUUUAAGUUUGUAUUUACGGCUGAUAGUUAUCUGUUCAUUUUCGUUUCGACAAAAUCUUAAAAUUUAAACAAUUAUGUUUUUACUAUUCUGACUUAAUUGUAUCAAUUAUAAAUUCAUUCGGACACUUCAUGGACAUCGUAGCUAGUUAUCUUAUGAAUUACUUAAGUCUUAAAUAUUAGCAGUUUCUUCGUGAUAUUAUUAUCUUACAAAAGAAGAACUAUUUACCUUUUCGCCGCCGCGUCAAUGAAGUAAUAGUGUCGUUAAACCAUGUCAAAAGUUGCACGCAAACCUGACCAAAACCACGACUUGAUAUGAAGUCGUGGUGUGUGGGGCACGAAAUGUACUGACUUUAUAUCGAGUCAAUGGCGGCGAAAAGGUUAAUUUCCUAGCGGAUCCCGCUAUAAAGAUGUGUGUAUUUUCUCGAAAUCGUUUCACUUAUUAUUAAGUUUUAUUUUUAAUAUUUUUUAAAAGAUAAACUCGGAAAUAUUCGUAUGGAGAUGAGUAAUGUGUUGUAGUUAGGAACAGAAUAUUACAGUUCCUAUCUGGUUAGGCUGUGUAGGUUUGUGGCAUUUUUAAAGGGGCGAAAAGAUUUAUGUCAGAGGACUAGAGUAAUUUUUUCAAUGAUCACAGUGUAUGUACCUGGACUCUAAUCGUUCAGUGGACAAGGGUGCCUAGCCAAGAUGCCAAUCGUUGCCAGCAAACGAAACGGUAAUCUCCCUCUAUUACUUAGCGUAUCGUUCGAACGGAACGAACGAUUGGCAUUAUGGCUAGGUACCCUGGGAUGGAAUAUACAUCUCGUUCACUCUAGGCUCGUGGAAAAGAGAUGAAAAGAUAAGGGAUACGCAUCCCAGAUUGUAUUCAAUGGUCAAAGCUACCCAACGAAAAUUGUUCUUUAUAACACGUACAUAAGUAUUUGUGACGUUCCACGGCAAAAGGUUCCUUAUGGCGGCUGGCGCUUACGUGGCAUAGCGCCGCAAUAAUAUUGGAGCGGCGUUAAUAAUAGCGUAAGCGCCAACCUCCAUAAGGUACCUUAACCAGUGGGACGUCACAUUUUUGUAACUGUACGUUUUUUUUGCUCGGUGUCCAAACUGUGUUUCGAGCCUGGCAAUAGUGUAUUGUUUUUAAUUUUAAUUUAAAUUCACUUUUGUAUUCAAUUAAGUGUACCAAAAAUUGGAUUACAACUGACGGCGGUGACGCGACGCGUGCGUCGAGACGAUUCUCUGUAGUUAUAUAUUAAAUAAUAAAUAUAA